ACCUCACAAGCUUAUCAAGUUUCCAACACAUACGUCUAGAGGCCAGUCCAGAGAGAAGGCUGGUUUUAGGACCACCUCAUGUCUUUAGACGGUUCUCGAAGCCUGCGACAAGGCUCUGCUUCGGCGCUGCGACUCUAGGUGCGAUGCCUGAGCGAUUGCAGCUUCGCGCUGCCGUGCCUCCAGCUCGGACAUUCGGCCUCGAUAUUGCUCGCAAAGAAAACGGCCUGUAAUUUAUUCCGUCAGUCUAGCGCACGACCCCGCCAGUAAAACAUCCCGCGACGUCCCCCUAGGCGUGUACCCCGCUCAUCGCCGUUUCCCCGCUGCCUGUCAAGCAACGACCCGCCAUGGCCGUUAGCUGCUUCGGGCCCAUCUUCCGAGGCAGCGGUCGGCAUCCGUUUCUGCCGGCCGUUCCAUUCGACGAUGUAGACGUUGACGAGAACGUCAGCAGCACCAAUAAAGCCCGCAGCUGCGACAACAAUAAGGGCCAACCCGCGCCGGCGCCUGCAGGCCCAGCAGGGGGAGAGGGGGGAGAUGGAAGGGCGGAAGGAACAACAGAACCUUCCGCGCUUCCGCCUCCCCCGCCCCCCCCUCCUCCUCCUCCCCCACCAUUUGCCCCCCCUCCCCCUCCCCUUCCGCCACGGGGCCCACCUCCUCCCCCUCCGCCACCCCCUCCCGGUCCUUACUCCUCAAGCGCGCUGGCCACUCCGCGCUCGUCGUUCCGCCGCGCGCGGUCGAUCAAGGAGCGGAGGGAGGCGGUGGCUUUAAAGGUUUUCCACUGGACGAAGCUGCACGACACCAAGGGGACCAUUUGGGAGGAGCUCUCGAGAGACGCCGAUCUCUUUUCCCGCAUGCAGCUCGACGGGCUCAAGCUAGAGGCCCUGCAGGUGCUCUUUAAAGCCAAGGAGUCUAAGGUUAAGAUAGGCCCCGGGGGGGUGGCGGCUGGCGGGAGAUACGGGCCCGGUGGGGCGUUUGGGGGGGGAAGGGGUGGCGGAGAAUUGGGGGGUGCCGCGGGAGGGGGAGAUGGCGGGGAGGUGCUUGGGGGGGACGGCGAGGGGGGGAAGGGGAGCGGUGUGGUGAAGGUUGUGACUCUAACGAGGGCGAACAACGUGGCUAUAACGCUGGCGCAGUUCCGCAUGGCGCACGGGGCGAUCAGGGACGCCAUCCUGCUGGGCAACGCGGGGGGCGCGCUGUCGCUGGAUCAACUGGCGCUCAUCGCUCAGGUGGUGCCAACGGACGACGAGGCGCAGCAGCUGCUGGCGUACGCGGAGCGGCGCCCCCUGGAGUCGCUGUCGUCCCCGGAGCAGUUCCUGCACGCGCUCGCCACCAUCCCGCGCCUCAGAGACAAGCUCGACGCGUGGGUGUUCAUGCUGCGGUGCAGUGACAUGGUGGCGGACACGCAACGGCUUAUCGACACCUUCCAACGCGCAUGCCAGCAGGUGCGGGAGUGCAAGCCUCUGAGGGCGGCCAUGGCAGCAGCGCUGCAAGCAGGCAACGAGCUCAACUACGGCAGCACCAAAGCCGGCGCCCUGGGGUUCAGCAUAGAGACUCUACCGAAGCUGGCAGACCACCGCGUCACUCUCUCAGCGCCACCAGCUCCAUCACCCCACCCUGCCGCCAACCCUGCUUCUGAAUUCCGCACCUCCCCUCUUCUUCCUCCUCCUGCUGCUGCUGCUGCUGCUGCUGCUGCUGCCCCAGGGCUUCCCCCUCCCCAUCAUGCUCCCUCCUCCUCCCGGUGUUCGUCUCUCCCGCCCGCGCCUGGGGGCUUGUCGGCUGUGGGCAGUGCAAGCAGUGCGGCUGCUGCUGCUGGCUCUUCUGCUCUGCUGCCUGGGUCCAGAAGCACAGGGGCUCGCAUUCCUGUGGGCGGCGGCGGUGGUGCUGGUGCUGGUGCUGGUGCUGGUGCUGGUGCUGGUGGUAGUAGUAGCGGCAGCACCAGAGCCAGCAUGAGCACCGGCACUGCUGGCAGCAGCGUAGGGGGCAGGCUAGAGGGGCGGCAGGUUAAGCGAGCCAUGCUGCAAGCAACCAGCCUGUUAGACGUGGUAGCUGUGCUAGUUAUGUCAGGCGGAGCGGUGCAGAGCGAUACUGAGAUGACCAAGGCGUUGGACGCUGUGGCUGCUGCGGCCAAGGUGCCUCUGGAGGAGAUUCAGAGGAGUCUGGGGGGGGUGGAUGAAGGCAUAGCCACUGUGGAACGCGAGCUGGCGUUCGUGAUCAGUGAAGAAGAGGCGAUAGAGGCCGCUAGAGCCGCGGCUGAAGCGGCGGCUUUGGAGCGGGGAGAGGGGAGUGAGGAGGGCGAGGAGGAGGGCGAGGAGGAGGGGGAGGAGGCCGGGGAGGGGGGAGAGGAGGAGGGUAGUAGCGCGGGUGAGGGUGGAGAGGGGAGCGUUGACUCGGAAGGUAGGAGAGGGGAGGGGGGAGGUGCAGGGGAGCAGAACGGGUUGGGAGAGGAAGAGGAGGGAGCGCUGCUGCUGGCGGGUGCGAGCAGGAGGAGUGAGGGGGAGGAGGCAGAGACUCCAGGCAGUGGCAGCUGCGCCCUCACCUGCUGGGCUCCGUUGCAAGGAUCGAGAGCCGGCCGGGGCAAAGGGGGAGGGAUAGAGGGGGGGGAAGGGGAGUGGGAGGAGUGGGGUAAGAUGGAAAAGCCUGUGGCGCGAGGCAAGGAGGCGGAAGGGGGGAAGAGGUCAGGAGGCGGGAAGGGGGGGAAGAAGAGCGGGAAAAGACGGAAUGGAAGGCAGGGAGGGGAAGGAGGUGGUGGGAGAGAGGAGGAGGGGGGUGGGAAAAGGGGUGUUUUGAGAGAGGAGGGCGGGGAGACAGCAAGCAGGGCUGUAGAUGGGGACGCAGUGACAAUCUCCUCUGCCGCAUCCCCUGCUGCUGUCGCUACCGCCACUGGCCCUUCUCCUGUCGCCACUUCUACCGCUGCCGCUCCCGCUGCUGCGAUGUCAGUCCCUGCCCAUGCCUCUGCUGCUGCAUCCACCACUGGUGCGUGCAUUGCCUCUACGCCCACUGGUGGCCUCGGGGCGUCGUUUUCAGAAGGCAUCAGAGCAGGCGUCAAGCUGAGGAGCGUUCCCCCCACGCCCAGGGGAACCGGGCCAGGGGGGAGGAGGUCUGUUCCCCCCACGCCUAGAGGAGGCGGGGCAGGGGGGAAGAGGAGUGUUCCUGCCACGCCUCGCACUCCAGCCGCGGGACAUGCAGGGAGGGGCAAGGGGUCCGUUCCUGCCACUCCUCGCACCGGGAAUGCCACGCUCCCACCCCGCCCAACACCGGCUGCUGUUGCUGCUGCUGCUGUUGGGGCUUCAGCUGCUCCUGUUGGUGCUACGACUGCGGCUCCUCCUGCUGCUGCUUCUUCGUUUUCUGCGUUAACAACGGGGUGGCCACUCGGUGCAGGAGCAUCAGUAGGAGCGGUGCCAGUGGCGUUGGGAGGAAGAGGGGUUGAAGCACCACCUGCUGCAGCAGCAGCGCCUAUGGAACGGCCAACAGCAGCAGGCGCAAGAGCACCACGUCCACCACCACCAUCAUCAUCAUCAUCAUCAUCGUCAGCAGCAGCAGCAGCAGCAGCACCACCAGUACCACCACCAGUGCUCCGGGCUUCCAGCAUGGGUGCAGGGGUAGCAGCAAGCGGGGAAGAGCACGGCCAGGCCCCGGUUAGGCGAGUCACUUCCUUAGGCUCCGCGCUCUCCUCUCAAGGGGGCCCUGCAGGGGGGGGCAGGGGGGAGGACGGCAGAGGCAGAGGCGGAAGGGGGGCGGGCGCAGGGGGAAGGGGGAAGGGCGGAGUGAGUGAUUACACGUGGGUGACGAGAUUUGGGGCGAGGAAGGGCAUUGCUAUGGCAGUGGUUAAGAGGACGGUGCCCGUGUCAGGGGUUGCUAGUGAUGAUGGUGCUGCUCGUGCUGGUGCUGGGAAGGGGAGGGGGACUGGAGGGGGAGGGGUAACCGGGGGGGGUGGAGGUAGGGGAGGUGGGGGUAAGAGGGCGGAAGGAGACGGGGGGAAGGGUGGAGGAGGGGGGGAGGGUGGUGGUGCAGGGCGGAGGAUGUCGCUAGGGGAGAUGGUAGCAGCGAGAAUGCACAGGAGGGCGAUGAGUGACAUGGGCAGCUGGUCUAGCCGGGACAGGCAUGUAGCUGCGGCUGCUGAUGGUGAUGAUUGUGAUGAUGGUGAUGACGAUGCUAGGGAUGGUGGUGAUGCUAAUGGUGGUGAUGGUGUUGGUGAGAAUCUCGGGACUGCUGGAGGGAGAAUGGGUGAUGGGGAGGAUGAGGUGGAUGAGGAGGGAGAGGAGGACGAGGACGUGAUUGCAUCCGCCUUUGUACGGCAGGAGCGUCUGCCAAGCCGAGGGCGACUGGCCUCGCCGGCACUUCCCGCCCAACCCCCCUCCACUUGCUCGUCCUCUUAUGGCACCCACCCCCCGGACGUAUUCAGGUGCAGGGAUAGCGGGGACGAGAGUAGCAGUGACGGGGACAGUGACAACGAUGGGGAUGCUGAUGCUCAUGGCAAUGGUGGUCAUGGUGGUGCUGGUUUGCACGAGCAGAGAGCUGGCCCAAAGGGAGUUCCACAGGGCGAUUCGCGCAAGUGCAUGGCGUUCAAGAGGAGUCCUCUGAACGGAGCGAUAGCCGCAACUCCCCGCACCAAGCAGGUGUGGGCCGAGCAGGACGGCAGCACUGGCAGCACCAGCAGCAACCUCCUCCUCACUCCCCACUCCCACAUCCACCCUCUCAACGCCCUGGCUCCACACUCCCACACCCACGCCCCCACCAUCGCUGCUGCUGCUGUGGCAGCGGGGGCGGCAGUGGCAGUAGAGCGGGAGGAGGAGGAGAAGGAGCAGGGGAGGGUGUAUGACGAGGUGGCAGCAUGGCAGCAGUGGCGCAAGAGCAGGGGAGACGAGUCUGGGGAGGAGGGUGACGUCAGUGGCAACAUCGGGAUUGGUGCCUACCAUUUCCUUAAAGCCCAGUCCAUCCCUGGCUCAAUUGCACCUGCACCAGGGUUUGUCAACAGUCAGUCAGCACUUGUGGGGGGGUCCGUGAGUGGAGUACCAUUGGUGCAUGGCAAGGGCUCCGUCUCUGGGGGGCUGUCCAGCUACCCUGCUUCAGCUGCAGCGGUUUCUGUUGCAGGUUCCGACCAAGAAAGGGGGGCUGGGUCGCUCUAUAGAGGGUACAGCGGGGGGGAGAUGAGCGACGCAGCAGCGGCUGUAGAGAGGAGCAUGAGAAGGGAAGCAGCAGCGGCACUUGCAGCAGCAGCAGUGGCGGCCGCAACAGGGGCGAGAGGAGGCGGGUUUGGGCUUGGGGGGCGACCCCGCCCGUCCCCUCGCUUCUCCGCUCGGAGCAGCAAGCUUGCUUCGCGGACAGGGGAGAGAGAGAAGGGGGCAGGGAGGAGGAAGAAGGCAGAGGCCGGUGAUGAGUCGGAGGAUGCGUUUGGGUUUGAGGACUCGCAGCGUAGGAUGUACGUGGACGGGAGGAUGAUGCAGUUGGGUACGAGCUGUGACGUAUCAUCAGGUGGACAGUUGGGCAUGAGCCUCCAUGGAUCGAAUGGGAGGUAUGCCUCUGGUGCGCUGGGGGGUUUAUCGAGCACAGUGGGCGGGUCUCGAGUGUCAGCUGUGCGGGUGGCGUAUGGGUGUCACGGCGGGCCAGUGGCGGAGCUGGCACGCAGAGAGGCGCUAGAGAGCUUUCCCAGGUGCCAGAGCGAGCCGGGUAAGGUGUGCACGGAGGAGGGGAAGGAGGCUGAGGGGCAGGGGGAGGGGGGCCAAGGGGAGCAUGGGGAGGAGGGCGGAGAAGGGCAGGUGAAAUACGGGGAGGGGAGGAAGAGGGAGGAGGACUAUUUUGCGUUUGAGGGGGAGAGGGUGCGUGGCGGGGGCGGAUGGGGUGUUGGAGGUGGUGAGACGAGUGAGGGCAGAGAGGGAUGCGAUGGGGAGGGGUUUGGAAGUGGUGGCAGUGGCACUACGACCGCCAGCAGCAGCAGCUGUUUCAAUGGUAGCAGCAUCAGCACGAGCAGCGGCAGCAUCCCCACCAGUCGUGCCAGCAACUACAGUCCAGCAGCACACAUGGAAACACCUUCAGUUGCGUCUCCCCUCCCGGGUGUGUCUCCAUACCCUGGUGUGUCUCCUCGCCCCGGUGUGUCUCUGGAAGGGGAUGAGGAAGCGCGGAGAGGGGCAAAGCUAGCGAUCCGAGGCGUGUAUGUGAAGGACGUGGUUAACAAGUGGGAAGGGGGGGGGGGGCGGAUAGACGAGAGCGACUGGGAGACCGGGGAGGUGGAGGAGGCGGAGAGGGAGAGGGAGAAGCAGAGGCGGACCAUGAAUGCGGGUGAUGCUGACAGCUUGGGCCGCUCCUUAGAAGGCGUUGGGCGGUGUGGGAGUGGAAGCAGUGCAAGAGUGGAAGGCGAUCCGUGGGGGAGGAGGGGGCAGGGCGAAGUUGCGUGCCUGCAUAGUGCUGCUGCUGGGAAUGAGGCUGGUGGGGAUGCCCAUGGGAAUGGCAGGGCUGGUGGUGAUGUUAAUGGCGGUGAUACUAUCCGUGGUGAUGCUGAUGAGGCUGGAGCUAAUGUUGGUGGGCAUGAUGAUGAUGAUGAUGAUGAUGAUGAUGAUGAGAAUGGUGAUAAUGGUGAUGAUGGUGAUGAUGGUAGUGCAUGGCAGUGGGAGGUGCCUCUAUCUGACCGUCUAACACAAUUUCUUGACAAGGCGAGGGAGGAGAGGGAAAGGUUGGCACAGCAUUUGGAGGAGAGCAAGCAGCAGUUUCAGCACCUCGCAACGUUUCUGGGGGAGCCCCACACAUCUAAACCCCAGGCAAGUUUUGGGGCGCUCUGGCAGUUUGCAGUCGCGUUCGACAAGAGCCAACGGGCUGUUGGCCUUCUUUAGCUGCGUGUCCACCUGCUGCUGUUGCACUGCUUCUGCUUCGCCCGCUCUGUGUAUGAUUCCUUGAUGCAUGCUAACUUAACGUUUGAGCCUCGGGUGCUUCUUUCUAUUGAUGCCCUCUCUUCAUGUACAGUGAUGUACCGUAUGCCUGUUCCCUGAAUCUUUGGCACGACCUGACACCAAUCCAUCAUCUAUUCCACG